UUCCGUGAUCGUCACGCCACACCUCCUGCACCGGCGCGUAGUCUGCGCGCACGUCGUACGAGCGUUUGCACGACGCGGCCGCGCUGUCGAGAGGCGAGCGAAAACGUCGGCGGAGGAUUCCGCGGGAUCGACAUCCGUAAAAGCGUAAGGAGUGCAGGAGGCCUCGUGGAUACGCGCCGUCGACGACGGACAACGACGACGGCCCACCUAUUAUCACGAGUUACGCAACGAGUAAUGUCUAUUAGCGUUACGUUACGUCGAGGUGUAGGUGCAGAUUCGGGCCGAUGACGAUGCACCGCGUUUGCGAGACGCGACAACGUUCAUGAGACAUUCUCGCACGCCCUCGUAACGCAAACGUGUAUUCGCAGGCACAUUUCGUUCUUAUGUCGGAUCGUGGAUCCCCGAAGUCAUCCCGGUAACAAAUGGUGUUGGUCAUUUGGAUUGCGAGAAGUUAGCUGCAAGUGGAGGCGCCUUUCGAGGUUCCGUUAUUCAAAGUGACCACCUUGAACGCUCGUGUCGUUCCCUCGACGAGAGAAUAAGAAAUUACACAAAAUCCGCAACGAGAGUGAGCAACGAUCUCGCUUCGCCACUUUAGACGACGCACGCCGGAUGAACCGUUACAUACGUAACAGACCUCGAAGCUGUAACACGCACACCUCGGUGCAAGAAUACACACAUAUAUACACACACAGACACAGCAGCACUCACGCCAUUUUCGAUCGCUUGCCGAGUGGUGUGAAGUAGACAGCGAGACGACGCUGUGGUAGUGCGUAUCGAGUGCGUUACCCGCCGCCCCCGCACCCCGCCAGCUAGUCCACGGCUAUCGCCGUGAAGUGUGCAUUUAGUGACUGAGAGCUGUGUGUACAUAUAAAUGGCGACCGACGAAAAAUGGUACUUCACGAAGGAACAGCUCGCAAAUACGCCAAGUCGAAGAUGCGGCAUCGAUGCAGACAAGGAGCUGAGCUACCGCCAGCAGGCGGCCAAUUUCAUUCAGGACAUGGGACAACGGCUCAUGGUAUCUCAAUUAUGCAUCAACACAGCCAUAGUAUACAUGCACAGGUUUUAUGUGUUCCACUCGUUGACGCAGUUCCACAGAAAUGCUAUUGCAGUAGCUGCACUCUUUUUAGCAGCAAAGGUAGAGGAGCAACCAAGGAAAUUAGAACAUGUUAUCAAAAUGGCUUAUAUGUGUCUUCACAGAGAACAAGGUCCUGACGGCAGGUCUGAGGCAGGUUUACAUACUCAAUUUCUUGAACAAGCUCAAGACUUAGUGUUCAACGAAAAUGUCCUUCUACAAACGUUAGGUUUUGAUGUUGCCAUUGAUCAUCCCCAUACACAUGUUGUUAGAUGUUGUCAACUAGUAAAAGCGAGCAAGGAUUUGGCACAGACAUCAUAUUUCAUGGCGUCUAACAGUUUACAUCUGACAACGAUGUGUUUGCAAUAUAAACCUACAGUUGUCGCCUGCUUUUGCAUACACCUUGCCUGCAAAUGGUCUAAUUGGGAGAUACCACAAAGCAACGAAGGGAAACAUUGGUUCUGGUACGUGGAUAAAAGCGUAACUUCGGAACUGCUGCAGCAAUUGACAGCAGAAUUUCUUCACAUAUUCGACAAAUGUCCGUCGAGGUUGAAGAAGAAGAUUAUGAGCAUAUCCGCAAACCAGAGCCCGAAUAUGCAUCACCCGAGCUUGUCGAAUUCCCCAUUUGAUACCGAGCCUCAUAAAAUUCAAUCUCCGGCAACGACGUUGGACGGCGGCGGAUCUGCUUCUCACUCGAGUCGGCCGCAUCACUCACAGGAGAAGCAAGAGAAACCAGACGACAAGAAAGCAGGCGUGGCUUCAUCGUCGUCGAGGCCGAUUGAUUACCGCGAGUAUCGGGAGAAGAAGGAGCGCGAACGCCUUGAGAGAGAAAAGGCUGCGCCCGCAUCGACGAGCACGCAGGGUCACAUCACUGAUCCUAGCAAGCAUCACUCGCAUCAUCACAAAGCCGUGGCGAAUGCGAGUGUGCCGAAUAAGCAUCAGUUGCCGUCAGUGCAGAAGUCGAGUCUUCAUCACAAUCAUCAUCACAGACCCGACAUGAAGGUGAAUCAACCGGUUUCGCAGAGACACUCGGCCGGUACACAAGCGAGAGAGGCCAGCCGCGAUCCUAAUCGACAGCGGUUGCCAAGAGAGUACAAUGUCGGCGGCACAAGUACCGGUGUCGCGCAUCCUUCGAGAGACGUUAGCUUAGACGCCGCUCUCGACGCCGUGGCUCAUCGAACAGAGGCAGGAACCACGCAAGAUACGAACCACGGUAACUCGCAAGAAAAGCCGUCGAGCAAUAACAACUACAACCUGCACAGACUGAACGCGCUCGACGGCAAACAGCAACCAUAUGAUAAAAGGAUGCACGACCCCAGGCACAGCAAACCUGCCGACCAUAAAAAGGACAGCGAGCAAAAGACAUAUGGCGGCAAGUAUCCGGAUCUCGCUUCCAGGGUCGACCGACAACAACGCAAAUCGGAUAUCUUGGAGCAGAAGUGCGAGGAAGUGCGGAAGCUCAUCGAGAAGCCACUUCCGCCGCCGCCGAAACCAGCGGAGGUGCCGUACAUGUUGAAUGCGCAAAAACAAGCGCAUCACAGCAAGUACGAUAAGUCGUUGAGCGCUUCGCACACGGCCGACGUGAAGCACUCAGCGAUGGGUCAGGGCGCGCUGCCACAAGACAAGUCACCCAGCGCGCCCACACUCGUUUCCGCUGCGUCUCAAGUCUCGCAGAAGAGCACGCCAGCCAGAAGUGCACAUAAUCAGCACUCGGCUUACGGCGUGUCUCAAAUCUUGAAAGACACCAUCAAGAACGGCAGUUCCCAGGCGUGUCUAUCCACAUUGAACAACGUGGAUGAUUCGAAACCAGAAAAACGACCAAGGAUGCACGACGACUCCGAGAAGACAUCUGUCGACGUGCAGCAACUGACGCCACCCACCAGCCGGCAUAGGUCGCUUUUCAGUCCAGAGGCGCCGACCACGAGGGAACCUCACGCGCAACGGCCUAAAUCGAAACAGAGGACACCGCCCUCUGCGGCGAGGGCCAUAAAACAAGAGCGCGUGUCGCCGUUCGCAAGUCCACCGACAACGCAGCAACAGGACUCAUCGGCGAUGAAGCGGCCGUCCAAUGACAGCAUGACGGCGCCGCCACACAAGAGGCCGCGUACCACCAGUACCGGCGAGAAUACCGGCGAGCACUCGGUGAAAGUAAAGACCGAGGAUCCAUCUAGCCUGGAGGCCAUGAGGAUGCUCGGUCGCGUACCCGAGCUGAUCCAACCGAUUCGCGAUGCUCCGCUGUCGACCACCAGCGGCCGAACCAGCUCUUCGGCGAUCAUCAGCGCUGACGUGAAGCCGUCAGAGCAAUUGGUGAAAUACGAGCUGGACGCGAUAGUGCCUCGCCUCAACGCGACAAUGACACAACAUAAAGUGUCGUCGAUGAGCGUGCAGACACUGCCAAACGGCUUGGAUCCGAAUGCAGUGGUGAAACAGGAACCUCUGGAGCAUCACGUGAAAAAGGAACCGCACAGAAUCCAGCAGGCGGUUACCACCGUGAAGUCCGAGCAUCCACAUUCCCACUCGCAACAGCCGAGGCUCGAGUAUUCCCCGAUGAAGUCCGCGCAAAGUAUCAGCGCGUUGCUGCAAGAGCCACUAGCCCCGAUGCCGUCGUUGCUGCAGACAGCAAUGCAGCAGCAGCAACACGGCCAGACUCACAAUCAGCAGAUGCAUUCGGACCUCCUACAACAACAGUCCGCUAUUCAUCUACUGACGAACCAACAACUCCCGAUGACAACCUCCAGCAGCUUGUCCGUGUCGACCACAAGUGAUACCUCGUCGAUAAUCUCGACGGUCGACAUGAGUGCUCUCUCGUGCGUGCCGCUCACACAUCGACCGAGCGGCACAGAGCCAACGUCCGUCUCGCUUCCGGUCGUCCCUCCAACGCCAGCGGUGCCUGCGCCCGAGGAGAAACGAUCGGAUCACCACAAAAGCGAGAAAAAGAAAAAAGAGAAAAAACACAAGCAUAAGGAUAAGGACAAGAGCCGAGAGAAACACAAACACAAGCACAAAGACAAGGACAAGGAGAAACAUCGGGAGAAAGACAAAGAACGGAGCGAGGAGACUCCGUCGGCGGCGCCCAUCAAGAUCACUAUUCCCAAGGAUAAGCUGAACUUGAGUACGGAAGCGCCGCCGAGUACGAACAUCGCGGCCGGUAGCAGUGCGGCGUUACCGGACAAGAACAAGUCGCCGCAGAGCACGGGACUAAAGAUCAAGAUCCCGAAGGAGCGACUCAAGGGGGCUGACAGCAUGCCUAGUUCACCAGCACAGCCGAUGGUCCAGGGACCUCUGAAAAUCAAGAUACGGACUGACAGUAUCGCCAGGGGUUCCACAGCACCGACUUCGCUGUCGCCGCAAGCUCCGCUGUCCCAGCUGUCGACGCCAGUGAGCAGCAGUUCGAGCGGCACUGCGAGCAGUUCACACGCAACCUCUGAGUCGGUGAACGAAAGCAUGAGUCGGAAACGUGAGCGGACCGACCAGACGGAAAGCGGGCCGACUACCAGCGGCCAGUCGUCCGCGAAGAAACAGUCGCAGUUAGCUGCAGCGGGCUAUGGCCAGGGACACCGACCUGGAGAACGGCAGAACGGCAGGCAUUAUAGCUCCGGGAGCAGUAAUAAGGAAAGACACACGUCCAGCCAUCACAAAAGCUCUAGCAAGCUGACGCAGUCUCAUCAAUCCCACACGACGUAGUAUGCUGUUGGACAAAGUGAUGACGACUUUCUAGGCAGUUUCCGGAGCUAUUUAUACGUCAUACUGAAGACAACGGGUGCAAUUUGCUAAUUAGCGCGAAGCUUAUUGGACGAAUUGGAAUGUGCCCCAUGAAAUAUUUAAAAAUAGUCGCUCAACUGCUGCGUUUUUCGACAAUGUCGUUUGUUUCCGUUAACAAGGAUCAUUUCUCUCCACUUUUCGUUCUCUCUCUAUCUUUGCUAUCUCAUCAUUCUUUUUUUUUUUCAUCUUCUUCCUCCAUCUAUUUCAACUGUCGUCGAUUAAAAAGACGUAUAAUCGAAGAAACAGAUAACUGCCGCCGAUUCAUAUUGGUGGAAGUUCCAACUGGAAUCGGCUUCACGACUGGAGCGUUUGGAUAGAGAACGUGGAUGGAAUGUAAUCUUACUCACGUUGAAUCAUGAAUACGCCAAUCCAUUCCUUAGAACGUGUCUCUUUAUACUCGCUGGCAAUCGAUGUCUGUCGCUCAUUGACUCUUCUCCAGUUUCUCGCCGCAACCUUGUCACGUUGCAGUCAAGCUCGUUGUUACAGGAAUGAUCCUUGUCACUUCGGAAUUGUAUCCGACUCUAAUUGCGAAUGAACCGCCGUAAUGACACGGUUCUUGACAUGUGUGUAACAUAAUGAUUGCGAUUAUAAUUAAGAUCAUCGUCCAAAAUACUCCGCCACUCGCGCUCUGUCGAUCCCCUCGGGACUUUCGACGUCAUCACUCUUGCAUUUUGUGGUUUCUUCAGUGGAUUAGUGUCAUUUAAAACGUUUUGCAUUUGGUAGUCCACAGAUACGAAAUUGACGGUUCUCGUCGGACUGUCUCUGUGAGAAGAGCAUCAAAGAGAAACAUACCUUUGAACCGCUUGAAUUUACGCGCGCGACGACGGCGGAGUGUCUGAACGAUGUAUUUAGGCGUAUAUCUUCUAUGGCGUGUAGGCUCUUUUACAAUUUGAGUAAGCCUGAUGAGGCUACGCAAAGGUAGGAUCUUGACAUACAAGAGCGAGAAAAAAGGGGAAAGAUAGAAGGGAUUGGAAACUUUGCUCUUAGACUCUUUCUCCGCACCAUUUCGUCGCCUUAGUGAUAUUUCGUACAUAUUUAUCUCGCCGUUCUUCCGCGUCACGUUUCCGGAGGAACGUAAAUACACAAUCGCCGAAUUCUUGGCCCACAAAUUGACCGCGCGCGGACUGGUUCGUUGCAGAGAGACAGAAUUUGCCGGUCGAUAACGCGUUCUCUUCUUUUCGGCUGUCUCAACUACCAAGUCGCGAAAAUGUCCGUAACAAGGACCUGGAGUCGUAUCCGCUUUUUAUUUUAUUUUCUCCUUUUUCUAGUUUAUAGUAGAUCUUGAAAUAGCGCUACAAUUCGCGACGCGCGCUAGAUUCAAUUCGCUCGACUCGUUGUCGUGGCCGUUGAUUUGCCGCUUGGACGUCGAGCGCUUGUAUUAUAUUGGAUAUGUGCGGCGUUAACGCGCGUUCGACAUAUUCCUUAAGUAAUAUAAUUUAAUAGGCCUUACUCCCGAUGUAAUUAAUUAUUGCGAUUCUCCGGCCGAUCUCGGGGAUCGCGCGAGCGCGUUACGCAUUUAACGACGUCUCUUAUUUCCGGCUGUGCCACACAAUCGAAUUUGUCUGCGCCUCUCGCGCGCGCGUACACGCGCACAAACAUCAACGCGCGACGCCGUCGUAUACGUAUACGGAACAUGCCGGUUUAAUUCUUCGCGAUACAAUCUAACGCCUUAGAAUCUGCCCUUCUCCCGGCGUCCAGUAACUCGCACUAUGUGUAUCGUCCAGGGUCUCGCCGAUGACACUUUCGAUUACUGUUAUCCGUUUCAUUCCGCGGAGACAAAUUCACGGCCGAAUGUCUCUACAACGAAACGAUCGAUCGAGAUAGGUAACGAGGUGACACGCGCAUACGACGCAUCUCCACGCGCUGUUAAUACCUGCCCGAUGAUAUUUAUAUUUGCCGUUUCACUGUGUAAAUACUUCUUUACUCGCAUAAUAUUAUAGGAACACGAUUGUACCAGCGUACUUUAUAGCGCGUAUACAUAUUAUGUAUAUAUACAUAUGUAUGUAUAUGUAUAUAUGUAUGCUUAUAUGGGUAUACAUACAUAUAUAUACACAUAUACAUAUAUACAUACACACAUAUAUAUAUAUAUAUAUAUAUAUAUAUAUAUAUAUAUAUAUAUAUAAAAGACUAUAUAAGAGUAACUGAUAUUAUCAACAGACUGUAAAUAAAAUUAUUUUGUAUGCCAAAAGAAACCAAAUGAGAGUUAACUCCGACACGGUGUCGCGUGCGUGUAGAAGGAAUGCAUAUAAGGGACGCGUAAACACAUAUAAUCCAUAAUUCGCACACAGAUACAUACAACAACACACACACAUACACACACACACACACGCGUUAAAUGCUCCUCAAAAGUGUAUAGUAAACGCGCCGUGAAGUCUACGUAACAAAUACGCAACGUUCUGCCGGCGAUGUGUACACGCGCCGAUUAUAUUAUACUUCGUUCAGCGAUACCACACAUGAGAUACAUAGACUCGGGGUGUGUUCGCGCUCGGUUGACGAUCGUCCAAUCGUAUUUUUUAAUACCAAUCGUUGACGAGAUCGACUUAAGUUAAGUUGGAAGUGAGAUGUGUUAUUAGAGAUUGUGUGCGUAAUGUAGCCAACGAUAAGAGAGAAAGUGUAAAAGGACAGAAAGACAGACAAACAGAGAGAGAGAGAGAGAGAGAGAGUGUGUGUGUGUGUGUAUGUGUGUGUGUUUGCAUUCGUGUAUGUGAGAGACGGGGGAGAGAGAGAAAGAGAAAAAAAAAAUAAGAGGAUACGUUGGACCAUCGCGCGUUAAUGUUAUUCGUAGCGGCAUUUAUUGUAAAGCAUGGACGUUUAUUUAAUUAAUUACAGACGAGUAUUCGCGCCUUUCCGUUGGGAAAGAAGUUCUUAAACUUGGCCGCUCGUUUCCGUUCCUUUCUUUCUCUCUUUUUUUUUGUUCUCUUUAGGAUUCUAGGAUUCUUUUUUUUUGCAAAAUCUUUCUUAUAACGCGCACGAUACAGCGUGUUUAUUCACGAUCGACUCAGUUGCAACGCAAAUUUAAGACGAAUCUGCAUUGUAUUAUUGCAAAACCGCGUCUUUAAUGCGCGUAUAUGAAUUCGACGAAUUUAAUGUGAAGUGAUCGAACAUCCGGUACGAUGAAAUUGUAAUGCCGUUUUACGAUAUCGCAGAAAUAUUUUUAAUUCUUGUUACAAAAGAGGAAAAGAAUGAAUGAUUGAGUGAGCGAGUGAAAGUCAAAACGGUGAGUGUAUUUUUUAUCGUACCGCUGUUCAUUGUAGCUUAACUGCGGAAUCUUUCGAUGCUAGAGAAAAAGAGAGGAAGAAAAAGAGAUACAGAAAAAUAGAGAAAAAGGAGAUAAGAAAAAGAGCAGCAGAAUUAGACGAUUUUUUAGUAAAUUUUUCGUUAAGCAUUUUUUGUUAAUUUUUCGGCUAUGUGGCGUUUAUCGCUUAUUCCUUCCACAGAUGACAUAUAUAAUUCUCACAAUCUCUUAAUGAUUAUAAGAGCUGUUGGGUGGAACACUAGCUGUUGGGUAUAAGUCGAUAGAAAAAUAUUAAUUUUAUCUAUAAUAUAAAAUAUUUUUUCAUGUCUUAAUAGUGAAAUACGUGUCCGUAAUUAUUUUUACAAGGUAAAAAAAUUUUAAUUCUUUUUGCGUUAUAUGGACUUGUAAAAAAUGCGAUAAGGUAGUUGUACCUAGCGCCUCUGUAAAAGUUCUUUUUAUUUGACCUUAAAAAUAUGAAACGUGACUAAUAUUUAGUUCAUUAUUAAUAAUGAUUAUUAGUUAAUUAUAUAUGUAUAUAUGUGUAUAUAUGUCAAUAUUUUGUGUAUAUGCAUUUGCAUAACGAUUUUUGCAUACUUUCUCAAGUAAAGUUAAAAUAUUGUGUAAAAUAGGAUUGCGAAUCACUGCUUUGGUUAUUACUUUGCAUGAUAAUCAGUUAUAACAGAAGCUGAAAUAACGAUACAUGAAGUAAAUAUAUCGAUCUUUUAUUAUACUUUUAUUUGAUAAAUAAGAGUAUAAUCAAUAUAUUUGUGUUUCUUCGAAUUUUCCGUUGCAGUUGCACAUAUUCCGUAUAAUGAUUACUUCAAUUCCCGCCAUAAUCGAUUACCGUAAAAGUUCGCGAGUAGUGACUCACAAUCGUGAACAUUUAAUAUGCUUCUAAUUUCAUAAAAAAGAAAGUGUAAAAACCGUUGUGCAAGCGAGAAUAUAGGAUAAAUUAUUAGAAACUAUCGCCUAAUAACUUAAUAAAUAUUGAUUUUACAGAAAAAUAUUUUAUAGACAAAAGUGGAAUGAUUUUUGAAGGGUUUAUAUUUUUUUAUUACUUCAUUUUGUUCCUAUGCGAAAGCGCCAUGAAGGUCAAUUCAAUUUUUUAAAGCUUAAAUAUCUCAUUUUUAAUAAAUUGUAACUGUAUUAACGACUGUAAACAAAAAGGAGGUGAAUCCAAUGACCUGUAUCGGUUGCCCUUUAGAUGGCCAUGAAAUUACAGGAAGUAUGAAUGAAAACAGUGAUAGAUAUUGAAUAAAACAAUGAUAUUGCGAACAAAAUACAGUUUUUUAUUUAAAUAAUAUGCUCGAAAUGUUUUACCAUAUUAACCUUACGACAUUAUUGAGCAUGUACUGUUUAAAAGAUGCACGAACCGUUUAUAACAUAUUCCUCAUAACUACUAUAGUUUACUUAUUAAUGAUUAAGUUAAGAGUUUUUUUAUUAAUUAUUAAAUUAAUAAAUUUAACAAGUUUAAUAAAUUAAAUAAUUUUAACAAACUAAAAAAUAUUAAAUUUAACAAAUUAAGUAACAAAUUAACAAGUUUAACAAAUUAAAUAACAAAUUAACAAGUUUAGUAUUUAGUAGAUUAACAAGUCUAACAAUAAAAAUAUCUAAAAUACGUUUUACAGAUGCCUUAAAGACAUAACAAAAAGGAUAACAAAUAGGAUAUUUUUUAGAGAUUUCUAAGAUGUUUUUUAGAUAUUUAUACUGAAUGAGUUAACAAUUUUCUUGUUAAUUAUUAAUGUUCCUUGUAAUCGUAUAUCUAUGUUUUCUGGAUUAAUGCAUCCCGAUACACUGCAUCUGUUAAGAUAUGUAAUAACGUACUAUAAAUACAUGCCUACAUAAUGAUUACAAGAAAUAUAUUAUAAACUAUUGUCCAUUUUUAGAUAGUGUGUUAAAAAAUGUCGAGAGGUGAAUAAUGAACAGUUUGAGCAUAUUAUUUAAAUAAAAAAAAUAUAUAUUUUGUUCAUUCAAUAUCAUUGCUUUAUUCAAUUCUUAUCAUCGCCUUCAUUUUUUACUUUUUAAAUUUCAAGAUCAUCUAAAAAUGAAAUGACACAGGUUAUCAGUUCUUUAUCGUCUAUAAUUGUAACUAAUUAAGAACAGAUCAUCCUAUCUAAAAGUAUAGAGAUUAUCUUCGUGUAUGACUUGGUAUUUUUAUAUAAGAAAAAAAUGAGGUAAGCAAAAUGCAGAUCCUUCAAAAUCAUUUAAUUUUUGUCUAUAAAAAAUAUUUUCCCAUAAAAUUAAUAUAUAUUACGUUAAUUUAAGCGAUUCUAGAAAUUCAUCCUAUGUAUACACACACAAAUACAUACAUAUAUGCAUAUAAUUACAUUAUCGAACAACUUGAACAUUCUGUUUCAUUCAACAGCUCGUAUCGACAUCAAUUAUGUAACAUUUGAAGAAUCGUCGAGGAUUGGCGGUAUUUGUCAUCGUUCGACCAUGUAAUCGCUAAUACGCGCGAAUGAAACAAAUGUGAGAGUGUGUGUGUAGUCGCACUUGUAGAGAGAUUACAAGCGAAACAAAGUUAUAAGUGAAACAAAGUUACAAGCAAAACAAAGUUACAAGCAAAACAAAGUUACAAGCGAGACGAAGUUACAAGCGAGACAAAGUUACAAGUUACAAGUGAAAGUCGAUUCGGAAUCGUGUCCACAAUACUGUACAUAAUAACUCUAACUGUAAGAAUAUUGAGAAAAUGAAGAAAAGAAAAAAAAACAACUUACUGUGCACGGGAAAGAGAAGGAAUGUUACUCAUUAUUUACCGCUCGUGAGCCGUGCAUUCCGUACUUUUACGAUUCAUCGGUCGUUCUCGGUCGCACUUGACACGUAAUAUUUCGUUCACCCUACUCCUCCUCUUUUUAGACUCUUUACAGAAAAAGAAAAUGAACAAAAGAAGGAAUGGUUUUAUUAUGGUAUACGCAGAAGAUACGAGCACAGGCGUUUCCCUUGCGACUAACCUGCAACAAUCGCAACGGACUCGCCGCUUCCGCUUGCAUAUUUGUCCUUGUGUAAUGUAGAGGAUGUACACGCUCGCGAUGUUAAAGUUUUGAAUGUUACGCACGCAGUGCGUAUGCAGUGCGGUCCGACCUGAAGUUCUGCGCGACCGGGAUCUAACCGAACCGAAUCGAGUUUGCCUAGUUUAAGGCGGCGUUCAAAAAUUAUCCUCAAUAAAGAGAGAAGUAAACGAUCAUUGAAACGAAUUGUCUCAAUGAAGUUCCUUCAUACUCCCGUUUUCUCGUCUACAUAUCUCACUGCAGUGCUCUCGAUAUUGUUGAACGACAAAUGUCAUCGCGCAAUUGUUCAAAAAUUUCGAGGAUGCGUGGUAAAGUAGCGCUGAAUUUGCGAGACGAGAACAACUCGCACACGUAAUUCAAGGGGUGUGUUUCACAUGGUGCUUGCCACGUGAUCAGAUUGCUCACGAAAGUUUCAUUGUGCAGCUAUUUUAUGAUACGAUUAUACCUGCGCAAUAAAAUUUACAUAUAUACAACUAUUUAAAAAAUAUAGGUCGUUCAAAUGAUUAGGCUCAUAACGUUCAUUCUGAAGAGGUGGAUCGGCGUGAGCGUCUAAUGAUUUACUGUUUAUACGUUUCAUUCGUGCGCUUGAGGUGCUACAGUAAUAUAAACGUGUUUGCGAUUAUGUGGCGAAAAUGACAUGUAAAGACGUUGAACAAAUGGAAGUUAUAUUGUACGAUCAUGAAAGAGACAAGAUAUAUGAAUUUAUUGCAAUCAUGGAUUGUUGAUGAGGCGGGAUUAUUUUCUGUUGUAAUCUGUUGUUUUACAAAGAAGAUCAGAACUGAUAAUGUUUAAAAUA